AUUUAGUCAUUAAUCAUGGGCAGAUUUACAAGGUACCACACAGCAAUUGAAUAUAGGAAAUUUUGACUAGUUCUUUAAUAUCAAUCUGAAUAAAGUCAGUUAUUGUCAUUCUGAUUUCACUUUUAUUUUCUUAUUUGGCAUUUCAGAGAUAGUGUGUAUAGCUUAAAAUUUCUGAUUUUACAACUUCCACAGCUGGAUGAAUGAACAGUAAGACCCCAUGUUUCUACAAAUUCUUUCCAUCACUACUAAACACCCAGUUGCUGAGCCAAAGACAUUUUUUCCCAUAAGCUCCAGGGAGCCAAUUGGACCUACCUAAACAGACCAGAUUCGCCCAGAAUAAGUAUAAUUGAUUCUUCCCUAUCAUUCCUGGUCUUGGGAACCCUUGGGAAAUUACCUCCUCACCCCCCCCCAAAAAAACCCCUCUAUCUUUCAUCUUGGGACUCUCCUCCCUUAAUCACUGGGAUCUAAAUUUUUUCCGGAUAUAAUUUUCUGCCUUUCUAGCAUCUUGUGAGGUCCAAUCUGCCAGUCAGCCAGUUCCCCAGAGCCUGAAAAAAACUCAAAAGUAAUCAGCCACCCCAGGAUGUGGUCAAGCAUCUCAACGCUCCGUUGCCCACAAAAUCAGCAGGAAGCAGUCACGAGAGAUGACGCCCAUUCCCACUCAUUAAAGACCCCCAAAUCCCUAAAUUUUUAUAUAAAAGGGUGGAAUAUAAUUACUUCAGCUAUAUAAGGCUGAUAGUUCCAGAUUCUAGGGGUUAUGCAGGUUCAGACGCCCUCAGGCAGAAGUGCCUAAUGACCUCUUGGGAUGUUAAAGGGCCCCAUGUGAUCCACGCAUGACUCAGUUAAGCUCUUACAUAUAUGCAUGAGCCCUGUCAUCUGCGUAUGAUAUAGCCAUGUCAACCCCCUGUGCGUAUGUGCUAGGUAUCUUUUACAAGGUGGACGUGCCAUCUUCCUCCCUCUCUCUGCACACUGACUUCCCAGGCCUGUGCAUGCGCCCUCUAAUAAACUCUUCAAGUGGGUUUGUUGCCUGUUCUGUGUUCCUUCUCACUUGCACCAGGUAAUUUCACCCCCCUUAUUCUCUAUAACAAAUCAUCUAAAACUGGAUACUGUAUCAAGAAAGUAACCUUGCAUAGCUUACCAUUCUUGAAGUUGAAGAGGGUGGCAUCUACAGUUGCUGAACUCUAGUGUGGACCCAGUGGUAGAUGGUACCAGUGGCAAGAGCACAUGCAGAAGAGAUUGCAUGAGCUUCAAACAGACCUUCGCAAGACCAGUUGAUUGAUCUGGCCACUGGGUUAAUCUUUAAGGAAGAAAAAGAUGAUGUGUCUCCACCCAGAGUUGAGUGAACCAUUUGAUAGUUCUGAUCUGCAGGAGGAGAAGCAGCAGUGAGAAAACCAUGCAGUUCUCCUGAUUUUCCCCCUAAGAUACUGCUGGGGCAGAGAAUACCACCCAGCUCUGGAGAUCCCUAGGAAGGAAGAGGAGCCUUCUGCUUGAGGAGUCUGCCCCUGCCUGAUAGGUGCUGAGAAUGAAGACACCGCCUGCCAUGUUUGGGAUUCCAGGGUUGUUUAGCAAACUGUUAAUCCUCUAUGUGGGCUUCUGGAGCAUCCUUGGUGGAAGGCCAUGUCCAAUACAACUUAGAGUUCCCAGGCAUUCGGAAUAUGCCACAGUGGGAGAGUCCUUUAAAAUGGAAUGUCCUGUGAUAUAUUGUGCUCAGAGACCUAAUGUGACUUGGUGCAAGUACAGUGGAGGACACUGUUUACCUCUUGAGACUGGACCUUGGCAACAUACUGGCUGGGAAGACAAGGACCAGGGUUCAGUUUUUACUCUCCAUUUUGAACCAGUAUAUCCCAGUGACAAUGGAUCGUACAGUUGUUCUACAGGCAUUAAUUCUGAUGUUAUUAAUAGCAACAUAAUAGCCCUGCAUGUGACAGAAAGGACUCAAAAUUAUUCAGAACACCAUCUAAUAACAGUGUCUGAUAUCCCAGGUGCCACCAAUGCUUCAGGACCACCCACCAUAGAAGAGAGGGGGAGCAAGACCUGGCUGCUUUACAGCUUGCUUCCUGUGGUGGCAUUGCUUUUGCUGCUUGCCUGUUUCUGCCUGGUCUGUUUCCUGAAAAGGCACCAAGGCAAAGGAAAGAAGAAUUCUGACUUAGCAGGAAAGGAACUUAACCUGGUUGAUAUCGCAGUGAGUCCCGGGGAAAAUCCCCAAACACUGCCCUCAGAAACUGCCAUUUAUGAUAAUGAUCCCUGGUCAAGUGGGCAGGAAAGUUCUGAAUCCACAACUAAUUCACAAUCGGAGGGAAACAAACAGGGCAUUGUGUAUGCUUCCCUGAACCAUUCGAUUAUUGGAAGGAAUUCAAGACAGUCAAGCAACAUGCAAGAGGCACCUACAGAGUAUGCGUCCAUUUGUAGGAGAAGUUAAACCUUGCACUGAUGCAUGGCAUGACAGGCUUGUGAAUACCAUUGUCUGGACCUCCAGUGUCAAAUAACCAACCUUCUUCAACCUGGGAUUUUCACAUUCAGAUGAUUCAUGCUGGGGCUGUAUCUUAAAGAUCCAUGGGAUACUUAGUUAAAAUUUCUCCUGAAAACUCAGAAGGAGUUUUGUACAAGAGCCUUGAACAAUAGACUUUUCUCUGAAAAAACUCAUAGCACAAAUUGCAGCACAAUAGAAUGUUUAAUCUGACCAUGCCUUACCCAACAUGUGAAUUUAAUAUUUCCCUUGGAACUAUCAGAGACACUUACAGAGAAGAAAGAAAUGUGUUAUUUGGGUCAGCUCACUACACAUUCUAGAAAAAGAAUGGCCCAAUUUGACUAACUAAUCAUAAAUACUGUAAUUAUUGUAUGUUCCCAACAAAUCUUCCACGAUAAGACAAUUUCCCAUGUCAAUUUAUAGCUCAUGUUUUAUUGUUCUAAUAUAAAGGAAAAUUAUCUUGGACUCAAUUCAGAAAAAGAUAAGAAAGGAUAGUUGGUGCAAUACAGACACAGAAUAUGCCAGAUAGAUGUGUGUGUGGAGGAAUGAAUAUUUUCACCACUAAGGUUAUGAGAUGUUUAUCUCUACCCUGUUAGACUGAGAAACUCAGGGAGCAAAGAAUUCAUCAAUGAAUAGUAAGUGCAUUUGUAAUCAAUGCAGAAGUAUUUGGAUCAAGUAGAGUAAUGUAUGCAAAUGUGAUGCUAUGCUGCUGAACUAAGGCACAUAUGAAUACAUGAACAAGAGCCAAUGAGAUCAGGUAUUAUAAGGCAAGUCAACACUGAACGUUUAAACCACCUUGUGCUUUAAGUGAGAGCAAACUUGAAAGAUGGUUCAUAAAAGGAAAGAGUCUAGAACAGUUAGUUGACCAGUAGGGGCUGACAUACUUUCAUUAAUGUCUGUUUCUUGCUUCUUAUAUAGUGAAUCAGGACGAAUCAUAUGUAAUGAAGUAUGUCAUAUGGAGAUCACUCAGGUUUAAAUUCUGACUUCGUAGCUGCUUAAGAGGGUAUAUUUUCAAGUUUUCUGAAUUUCCAGAUUUCUUGAGUCUAAUUGUUUAAAACACAGAUCAUAAUUUUACUCAUCAGCUUGAGGCUUGAGUUCUCAGACUCUGAAACUGAAUAGCAUCACCAUUUUAGUAUACAGUGAGUGGCAAGAGCUAGAAGCCACUGAAACAAACACAUGAGAUGCUGAAUGAGUGGAUGUGGUCUAUGUAAUUGUGUAUAUAUGUGUGUCCCUGUGUCCAUACCUGCUAACGUGCAAACGCAAGAUGCGACUUACAGAAACAAGGCAAGAGAAACCAAUCAGAUUGCCAUCCUAUUUUUAGUUUGCUUAGGAGGUACAAAGCACUAGAACAAAUUGGUCAUUAAAGAAAAUACGGUGUGAAGCAGUGACAAUAGGAAUGUGAUUAGAGAAUGUAUUCAUAAACACAACAAAGGCCUCACUGCAAAACCCUCCUCACCGAGUGCUCACAUCGGGUUUCAGUUCCCUGGAUCCGGAACAGCAGACACUGUUUUCAGAUAAUGUUGCAACCAACCGUAGGUAAGCUCUUUCAGUUAGGUGCUUUUGUGGGCAUUUAUGCAAAAAAUGCCUUAGAAUAGCUGCUUUAGCUGCUCAUCUUCAAAAUAGAAACAGGAAGUAUGGGGGAUGAGCACAGCACCCUCUCCCUUUUAUCAGAUCAACAUGGCGAGUUGAACAAGUCUAUCAGAACUGUCUCCAACCUUAAAAGCAAAAUUCUAUUUUGUUUAAAACAAUCCUUUAAAAAACGUUGUUUAUGACUGAAUCUGUGAACGCAUGUGUGUGUGUGUGGUGUAUGUGUGUUGUGGUGUAUGCACACGGGUGUGUAGGAGCCAGAAGGGGACGUCAGGUGCACUUUUCUAUAGUUCUCCAUUCUACUGUUAGGGAAAGUCUCACACUGGACCUGGAGCUAAGCUAGCAGACAGCAAGCACUGUGAGGGAUCCUGUGUCUCUGUCCACCAGAUGGCUAGGGUUAUAGUUGCUCAUGCCGGGUUUUUACAUGGAUGUGGGGAUUUCAAACUCAAGCUCUCACGCCUGCAGAGCAAGCACUCUUACUUGCUGAGUCCUCUCCUACUCCCCCUAUUUAAAAUGCUCUUAGCCAGGCAAUGGUGGUGCAUGCUUUUAAUCCCAGCAUUUGGGAGGCAGAGGGAGGCAAAUUUCAGUGAGUUUGAGGUCAGCCUCCUUUACAAAGCAAGUUCCAGGACAGCUCAAGCUGUUACACAGAGAAACCCUGUCUCAAAAAAACUAAAAUAAAAAUAAAGUUCUUAUUGUAUUUUACAAUGAAAGAUGAAAGACACUGCUAGAGGCUUCACCUCCGUAAACGGUUGAUUAUGUUUAUGCUUAUACCAUGCUUGUCAAAUAUCACAUAUCACUUAUGCUCU